CGAGCACGGUGAGUGACCUCCUCCUUAAAUAGAAGCCCGAGCGCAAGCGACGUAAAACAAGAGUUUGACAGCCGAACUUCGACUGUAAUAUCUCGCAUUCAAAUGGAUCCUGAAGCGUGUCGCCCUGAGGAGAAGAGCCGGAGGAGACGCGGUGUUAUUUUAGGUGUCGUCGCGGGGCUCCUUCUGAUUGUUGUCGCCGUUGUGUUGGGACUGACGCUCCGGCCGGACACAGCAACCAACACAGACCCACUGAAGACAACCUUUAUUAGAAGGUGCGAGGAGUUCAAACGAUACGACUGUGAAAAGCUGUGGGGUGCAUUUGAACAAGCCUACGUAGGGCGGGACCCUUGUGAAGUUCCCAGGGAAGCCUAUGACCCUUUCAUUGCUGCAGCCGACUUCAAACCUGCAUGCAACAGCCUGAUGUUCUGGAGCAAAACGAAGGAUGUGGUCCAUAACUUCACUAAGAAUAGAGAUUGUUAUCUCACGGUGGAGGACACUGUGUUGGGAUCUUUGCUGAAUGGUCUGACCUGGUGUGGAAAGAAGGGCAGCAAUGAAACAUUCACUACCAACUGCAAAGGAUGGAGAGACUGUGAAAACAACACUGUUGGCUCAUUCUGGAACAGAGUCUCAGCUGCUUUUGCAGAUGCUGCCUGUGGUGAUGUCACAGCAAUGCUUAACGGAACCAUCGCCACACCAUUCAGUCCUACAAGUGUUUUUGCGAGCAUCGAGGUGAAGAAGUUCGACUCCUCCAGGGUGAAAAGCCUGAAUGUUGUUCUGGUUACAGAGAAGAGCGCUGUGACAAACUGCACAAAUACAUCUUUAAAGGAUUUACAGAAAGAGCUGAAACAAGGAAUUAAAUAUAACUGCAUGGAAGUGACUGAAGCUCAGAUCAAGGAGUGUAGCUCCAAUCCUAAAAUAUCCUGUGAAGACUGUUGGUGAAGACGUGUAGGUGUGAACUAAUGUCAGAUUAUAUGAGACACAAUAAUAAUCACAUGUUAAAAAAGAACGAGGAAGAAAUAAUAUGCUAUGCAAUAUUUUCUUUUUGUACCUGUUGGCCAGUUUGACUUACUGUGAAAUGCUUUUUAUCUUGAGCUUUCUAUUGAAUCCAAAAGAUCCCUGGUAACGUGCCAUGUACUGCAUGAUAAAGUACCAGUGCUGCUAUCUAGUUAUAUUCAACUGACUGACCAUCACUCCCACCGGCUGGCAGAAUGAAAUGUUUUUAAAUAUAAUGGAAAAUAUUAGGUUGUAAAAAUUGUCUUUGGAUUCUCAAAGAGUGAUUGUCUUGGUGAAAUAAUGUUGAUGUUACAUAUUUUUUAUUUUGUUUUUGGUUUACAGCUUAAAAAAUCUGUCCUUUUGACACUUUAUUACCAUCUUACAUAACUUAUUAAUUAUUAAGUAGUUAAUUUCCCAGGUAUCCAAGUUAUGUAUUUCUACAACAACAACACCACUGAGGGUUCCAUAUUCAAGGAUUGCACGUUAUGUAACACUCUUUCUACCAACUUAAUUGAUUAUUGACUAAAAAAUAUUAAGACGAUACUAGUAUACAUGAUUCUGUUUUUAUUUUGUAUUUUUGCCAUUUUGCCAGUUCUUGGGUUUCAAAUAGAACAUCAUGUCACUGCGCUCCCAAAUGUUUGGAUAUUGGCCCCGCUUCUAUUCUUGGUGGGAUUUUAAUGACAGAAAAACAGCACAUGCAUGUUGCUUUCUUUAUCCAUUUGUUAGUUGUAGCAGUGUCCUGCUACGUCAUGAACUACUACAACUAUUUCUAGUCUCUGUUCCAUUAUCUUUAUUGUUAUUGCCACUGUUCAUCUCACCCCCACUGACACCAUCAGACACCACCUACCAAGAGCCUGGGUCUGUCUCAGGUUUCUCC